AUGUUUAGUAAAAAUGCGAACUCAACCCAAGUAAAUAGACAUCAAAAUAAUCUGCGUUAUCCACAACGCCCUCAAAUCCCAACUAAUAACAAUAAAAGUUAUUUCCCGAAACCAGAACCAAUGGAAGUAGAUCCAUCGAUGAAAAAUAAUCAGGGACCAAGACCACAGUAUCAACAACCAAUACCACGGUAUCAACAACCGAGAUAUCAAAGCAAUUUCUAUAACCCGAAUCCUAUACGUACCCCAUUUAACCAAAACUCAUGGAAGCCAACUUUUAAUCAUCGCCAGGGAUUCCCUAACUUCGUUCCCAAUCCACAACCUAAUCAAAUAAGUCAGCCACAGAAACGCCCAUUAGAGAGUGUACAGCAAAGUGCACAACCUGUAGUAAAAAAUCAACGUAUAAAUAACAUUCAAGAGAGUGCUUUUUUAGGCCAUGGCCCGGCCUCCCCUACAUCUUCAGAACUAAACCUGGAGGCCAACGAGUCCGUAUACUGA